AUGCAAGAAAUAGAAUUACAUAGUUAAAAAGAAGUUAGCUAUGAGCCUUAAUUACAAGAUUAGGAAUUAGCAAAUUAGUUAACAAUUGAGGAAGCAAUGGAAAAAGUAGGAUAAAAAAAUAGGUAUCAAAUUAUUGUCACUGCACUUUCAUUUUUAACUUGGUUGAUAACUACUUAUGGAUAUAUGGUUCUCCCAUAUUUUAUGAGUGCUCCUGAUUUUGAAUGCUUUGUUGAUGGAAAAUGGAGCAAAUGCACGGAGGAUACUGGCGCAUGCGAUCACAAUAUUAAAGUGAAUAUUUUAACUGAAAAAUCUAGUACAAUAGCAGCUGAUUUUGAAUUAUAUUGUGAUAAUAGAUAAAUUAGAGUUAUUAUCUAAAGUAUGCCCCUCUUCGCAGGAGUUAUAGGGACGUUCUUCUUUGGAUUUUUUACUGAUAGAUAUGGCAUUAAAUUAGCUAUUAAAACAUGUUGGAUUUUGGGAAUUUUAAGUAGCACCUUUUUUAAUUUUUCAACUAAUUCUAUUUGUUUGCUAGUAGGAUCUUUUGGAGUUGGGUUCUCAGCUUUGAUUUUGUAAAAUCUAUUUAUCAUUCAUAUGAACGAGCUAUCUGUAGGACAAUUUCGUGUUAUGGCUUUAUUAGGAAUGUACAUUUUUUGGUCUAUAAGUGAAAUGCAAUAUAUUUGGAUGAUGAAAGUUUUACCUAAUUGGAGAUGGAAUAUGUUAGCUUUUUAUACAAUUCCUUUUUCUUGCUGCAUAAUUUUUGCUUUCAAAUGGAUACACGAUUCUCCAAGAUAUCUCUAUUAAAAAAAUCGCUCUCGUUGCUUAUAAAAUUUAAACUUGAUUGCAACUGUAAAUUAAAAAGAACAGAUUAGUGAUAAAUAAUUACAGGUUUACAAAGGAAAAAUGAGCAAGCAAUAUAAUUAUUUGGAUUUAUUUAGCUAUCCUUCUUAGAGGAGCAGCACUAUUGUUAUUUCAAUAGUCUUCCUCUUUGUUAAUUUCUUAUAUUAAGGUACUUAAGUAGUUUUAAAUACAGUUGGAUCCUCGUUUGGUGAAAACUCAUUAUAUGUAGGAAUAGGUGAGCUUUUUGGAUUUGCUUUUUCAGAUUUAAUUUCUCAUCGUAUACCUCGUCGAAUGGGUAUUUUUUAUACUCUAGGAGCUACUUGUAUUAUAUGCAUGUCUUUUUAUUUUUAUCCCAUCCCUUAGUAUUGUGAAUCUGAUCAAGCAACUUGCUGGUAGAAAUACCUACAAGGUUUUAUGGUUUCUCUAGCUAGAGCUAUAACUUCUUUGACUUUUGGUUUAGAAUUACUUUUAUGUGGUGAACUCUAUCCUUCUACUCUGAAGUCCUUAGGGUAUGGUAUGAAUUUAGCAGUAGGCUAUUUUGGAACAUUUUUAGCUCCUUCCUCUAUAGACUGGGCAAAAGAAAAUGGUUUCACACCAAUUGUUUUCAUAGGAUUUGUUUCGUUUGUUGGUAACUUUAUAACCUUAUUUUCUAAGGAAACUCUGAAUAUUUAAGCACCUUUAGAUAUUCCAGAGGAGUUAUAAUAAAAUUAUACUAACAAUGAUAAAAACAAUCCUAACAACAUUAGCAACUAGAAUAAUUUUAAAUUUAAUUAACCUUCUUCUCCAGAUUAAGAUGCUGAAGGUAAUUCAUAAGACGAUGUUAUAAAUGAACUCCCAGAAAAAAUUCAAGAAUAAAAAGUUUUAAAUUAAAAAAGAAAUUGA